GAUACGUCCAUUUGCAGGAAGUCAGCAAAGUGAGGAAGAAGAAGAAGAAGAAAGUUAAUUCUUCUCAUCGAACCUAUCUUAUUGGCCUCAAGACAUCAUGCCCGCCACUGCUGUUGAAAUCACUGGUGAUGCAUCCUACUAUUUUACGGCUCGUCUCCGGAGAAAGGACAAAUCCAAGCGAAAUCAAGUGGCGUUCUCUCCAGAUGAUGAAAGAAGUGCUAUCGCUCCUCUCUACCGGAAGUAUACCGAACGGUGCUUGCAUCCGUCUGCCAUUCUCAACACCCUCAUGGUGAUCGGAGUUGCUGCUGGUGUCGCGGGCGGAAUUUGCCUGCGGAAGUAUUAUGGAACCCUUACUGCGCGACAGCUGAUGUACCUCGCCUUUCCCGGUGAGAUGUUCCUCCGGCUUGUGGGCCAGGCUUCCCUACCAUUCGUCACUGCCAGUGUCAUGUCGGCUAUUGGAAGCAUGAAGUUGGCCACGGCCGGUGUAGUUGGCCUAUGCACCAUCAUCUACUUCAUCUCGACCACCUUGAUCGCCGAAGCCAUCGGCAUUACGGUGGCCCUGGUGGUGCAGGCAGGGGAAGUGAACACAACAAUCGUCAUCUAUGAGGAUGCCCUCAAUGUUACUUUCCACGCCGUCGACGUCUUCCUCGACGUGAUUCGGAACAUGGCACCGCCAAACAUAAUCCAGGCCUGUCUUUACACGUGGAGGACGAACGCUUUUAUUGGAGAAGCCAGCAACGACACUGGAAACUGGACUUACGAGGACUUCACAGUGGACACUGUUCGAGGUGCCAACAUUGCGGGACUGCUCUCGUGUUCCGUCGUCAUUGGACUCAUCUUGGCUGUGCAAUCGACUCGCCAGGGGAUGCCCCUCAUCCGGGUACUCGUGGCAUUCAGCGACGCCACUUUGAUCUUCGUCAGUUGGGUUCUUUGGCUGGGUCCGAUAGGAGUGGCAUUCUUGAUCGCCCACCAAAUCGUUGUGGUCCCCGAUGUAUACGCGUCGCUGAUGCAAGUGCAGCUAUUCGUCACCACCGUGCUUAUCGGGAUCGGUAUUCAUAUGUUUAUCUUCCUGCCAGCGGUCUACGUCUUCUACGUCGGCAUUGGGACCCUAUGUGACUUCAUUUUAGUGAUGGUGAUGCCCCUGCUGGCAGCAUUCGGGACGUCUUCCAGCACUGCAUCCAUCGCUGUGACCGUACCAACGCUGGAAGGCAACUUGCAGCUAGACCCACGUGUUGUACGUGUCGUGGUGCCCAUUGGAGCCAGUCUUAACAUGGACGGCACAGCAAUCUACGAGGCUGCAGCGGCCGUUUUCUUCGCGCAGAGGCACGGCGUUCGUCUUGAUGCUGCCAACAUGUCGACAGUAAUGUUAGCAGCCUUUCUGGCGACGAUGAGCGCAGCGACCGUUCCGGGCGGCAGCUUUGCAGCCAUGUCACUCGUGCUGAGCGACCUGGGGAUUCCCAUCGAAGAAGGAAUUCUCAUCUUCGGCAUCGAUUGGCUCGUGGAUCGGUUCUGUACAGUACUGAACGUGGCAAGUGAUGCCGUGGGCGCAGCAGUACUACAUUCUCGCUACGCAAAGCGACUAUAGCAGGGUGAACGGCAAACGUUCAUGUCGAUAUCUUUCUAUAAUAUCAUUUCUAAUAAACUGUUAC